CUUGAAAUCAGCUGAAUCUGAAACACACUAUCUACCAUCUUUUCUAUUAAGACCGCACAAUCUGUGGCUCGAUCAAGUAAAGACCUGAACGGAAUUGCCGUUGAAAACAGUUCCCUGCCUGACUUACGCCACUAUCAACACCAGCUCCGUCGUGCAUAAGGCGAAAACAGAUUUGCGCAGCAUCGUGUUGUACCUGAUUUAUAUACCAGCAGCGCUAUGGACACCAGCUUCGAGAGCUUCAUCAACACUUUGACCUCGGUCAAUGCCAGUUAUGCAGCCCCACCAACCUUCAGUAACCUCAUCAACAGCAACACAUUGAACCUGUACAAUGCCGCCACAGCCACCGCGGCGCCGGGAAAUCUCAUGAUUUCCCCGUUUUCCAUCUUGUACGCCACCAUGCUGAUGUACAUCGGCAGCAGCGGCAACACUAAAUCAAACCUGGACUCCGCGCUUCAGUUUACCCAGAUAUACAACGGCGACAAGAGCGCCGCCUUAACGGACUUUUCCCACGCCCUUUCCACCGUGAAAUCCGUCAGUGAUCCACAAGAUGCGUCCAAAUAUAUGAUUGUGUCCGUCAACAACGGCGUUUUUGUCGAUCGGACCAUGAAGCUAAAGCCCGAUUACGUUGAGAAUGCUAAAAGCAAGCUGAAGUCUCUUGCUGAGCAGAAAGAUUUCCGGGGAAAUUCCAGUCAAGCACGAACGGAAAUCAACAAUUGGGUGUCCAACAAUACCGGGGGAUUAAUUAAAAAUUUGUUAUCUCCGGACAGUGUCAAUGCAAUGACAAGAGUUGUUCUAGUCAACACGGUUUACUACAACGCCACCUGGGCUAGCGAAUUUGACAAGGAGGACACUGAGAAACGCCCCUUCACUAAUGUGGAUGGAACGGAAGUACAAGUGGAUAUGAUGAUCAAAACGGACGGAUUCCUUUUUUCCCGUGAGCGAGAUUUGAAGUUCACCUACGCGGAACUCGACUAUUACAACGGCGAGACGUCCAUGCUGAUUGUGCUUCCCGAUAGUUCUCAAAGCCUGCGAGAUGUAGAGAAGAAGCUGACGGCGGAUGGGCUGAUGAAGCUUAAAAGUGAAGGUCGCAAACGAAGAAUGCGUCUGGUCCUGCCUAAAUUCAAAACGGAGUCGAAGUUCGAUUUGGUGCAGCUCCUGCGCCAGACCGGUGUGGAUGAUGCUUUCAACGGAGGCAAAGCCAACUUCGCCGAUAUGACAAGCGAGCGCGGUCUGUAUUUCGGAUCCGGCGUGCACAAGACAUUCAUCAGUGUGGAUGAGCAAGGAACGGUGGCUGCGGCUGCAUCUGUGCUAUCCGCAGGUCGUUCGUGGCCAAUGGAGUUCGCUGCCAAUCGUCCGUUUCUCUACGCGAUUCGCCAUAAUCCAACUAACUGUCUGUUGUUCAUUGGCAAAGUGGAGAAAUUUUAAACAUAAUAGGUUACUGGCUGCAUUUUGCAGUUUCGGUCCGGUAUGAAUUACUGUAUUACCCUGCUUUAAGAUUAGACUGCCUUUUCCUCCUGAAAUUCGAAAGAUCAACAUAGCGUGCCAGUUAAUGCACAUGUACCGGCAGGUGCCACUUUUCUUUUACAGUCUUGUCAUUUUACCACCUACUUUUGCUUGAAAGCGUUUUCCAAGAAUUCUGUGCCAAGCAUUGCUAUAGAAGAGUACGAAAUAAACUCUUGCUGUACUGCACACAAUUAAAUUCAAUAACUAUAA